UUGGUAAUUGUCAGUUAUUUAUAUUAAAAUCGCUUGAAGUACAAGUACAGAAACGCUCGCUCAAUGUCACUCUUCAACUAUACGCUCGCUAUUCCAUUGUAUGACUCGCUGUAAUCAUUGUCCUAGACAGUAUGUUUGUUUAUUUGUAUCGAUCGGUGGUAUUACAAAAAGCUCAAAUUUAAGUCCAGUCGAAGAUUACAAACAACGACGAUAAUGUUUCGCCCGGAGUUUGUUUACCUUCGAACCAAACAAACCGAAACAACGUUGGUAUUCCAAGGCACAACAAUGAAGGUCUCUCCCGAUUCGAAUCUUUAGUUGACUCAUGUGCCGCUACACACGUAAUGACAAUUUUCCUAAUUGGUUCACGGAUCGAAAUAACCCUAACUGAUCUACAAUCUCUUUCUUCUGCGCAAUGCUUGGUUAAAAGCGCGCAACAUCCACGGCGAUGAUCGAAUCGAGAUCCAAACAAGUUCCAAGAGCGUCGGGACGCCCAUCGUGCUUCAAGGUGUAGGUGCAACACAAUCAAAGCAUUUAGAGCGACCUUCUGGCUGAGAAGUAGCUUCUGCAGAGGGUUCCAAGUUGGUGAGGGUAGCGGCUGCUUGAAUGGCAGAGGAGAGUCAGUUUCUCUAGAGACUGCACGCGGUGCGUUCGCUUCUAGUGUCAGUGAAUUUCACUCUCUAUUUAUCACGAUUCAGUGUCGCGUUUCUGACGUUCACGUGAGUGCAAAAUAUCGACAAGGCUUCGAUGGUUCAAACAGUUUAAUUAGACUUGGGCGUGUACCGCUGUUGUCGAUGACGUUUCUUGCUUCGCUGGAUUUGUGAUAUUGCAAGUGUAUUGUAAAUAAAAGGUGCGAAGUACUUGUGUUUGUCAAGUCUGAAGAGAUAGAGCAGCUCGUGCAAUGAUGUCAUACGAAUGCCCUCAUCCGGUUUCCAAGACCUAUCGAUACAAAAAAAUAACGAAACCUCUGUUGGAAAGAAAACGACGUGCACGAAUAAACAAAUGCCUCGAUGAGUUGAAAAACCUUAUGAUAGAUACUUUAGAGACGGAGGGGGAGGACAUCAGCAAGUUGGAGAAAGCGGACAUUCUGGAGCUGACGGUGCGCCAUUUACAAAGGCUACAGGGCUCGCGAUCUUCUGGAUUGUCGGGCACGAUUACGAAGAACGAAGAGGCAUCGGCCGAAAGUCGAUGGCUGUCCGGUUUCGGGCAUUGCGCAGCUGAGGCGUACAGAUUUCUCUCUGCGGUUCCAGGUGAAGGCGCGGAAAGGUUAGCGAGACACCUCGCAGCUGGCCUUCAAAAGAGCCGGCAAACGAAUUCGACGCUGAAAACGAGCAUGUUAACCCAAACUUUGGCAAGUCUGGAUCUCACUGCUGAUAUACUGGCACCUUUGAUUACAAAUUCCGCUAGGGAGAACGUCCAAGUAACGUCUUCCAAUCAAAACGCAAUGCCGUGUCGUGGAGUAAUACACGAAAAAAUCGUCUUGAAUAUUUCACCUGAAUGCGACACCACGGUGACCUUGGAAAAUAAGAAAAAAUUGAAUACGAGAUGCCGUUCUCACGCGAAAGACUUCACGGAAGAACGAAUGGCGAAGAGAGUUAAAACGGAAGUCAAAGUCGAGGAUGACGAAGAAAUUGACGUGGAACGCGUUGACGAAGCUGACCCUAUGUGGCGGCCUUGGUAGUUUUAAUAAAACUAUACGUUAACAGUUGUCUUAAUUUAUAUUAAAGUUAUGUAAAUAUAAAGUUCCAGGAUGCGUCAUUAAUAUAGCUUUAAAAGAUGUUUGUUAAGUUUAUAUCUACACUAGUAUUAGUACAGUUUUACUUAAUUAACAAUCUGCUGUUUAGAUUGUUGGAAAACCGGGAAAUGACUUGGCUUUAUUUCAGUUUGCGGUUGGCGUUAAUAAUUAAAAAGUUGAUCGAAAAUCGUAAACAAUUUUACGUUAUUUUAUUCCAACCGAUCAAUUUUAUACGAAUUUCAUUACUUUCGAUGUUUUGAGAUUAUGAGUGAUACAGUUAUACAUAUACAAAACUAUAGUGAGUAUGAACAACAUACUCCAAGCAGAGCUAAAAUGAAAAUUUACAAGAGAUAUGCAUAUAUUUUGUAACUAUUUAAUGCGUUUAAGAAUUUAUUUAGAGACUAAGAUAUUUCUUGUGUUAUCAAUGUUAUAAGGUAGUUUAACAAAGUAAUUUAGCUUUUUACCGAGUGAAGAUAUUAAUUAUUCUAUGUUGAAUCUUA